CGUUGCUGAUCAGCUGAGUCGGUCGGCCUGGGGUUUGUUGUACGUCCUUGGGCCAGGGUUUGCGCCUUGUUGUCGAUUAUAAACAGUCGACUAUGGUGCGUUGGGCAAUGGGUUUGCGAUUUCGUUUCAAACGGGAAUUCUAGCACAAAUCUCAAGUCAUGUUUCAAAAGCCUGAUGCCAGUAAGGAUGCCUUCCUGGAACAGGCAAGAACCGCUCGGGAAGAACGCCAUUUUCAAAAGAAAAAAGAGGAUGCCGCCAUCCGCAUACAAGCGUGUGCUCGAGGGUUCCUGGUCCGUAGAGCCGCCAUACGAGAUGUCAACCGCCGCCUGGACGGCCUGCUGCAGCCGCCCGGCACCGAGGACACGCCGCCGCUGGCCGCCGCCCAGGAGGUGUACCGCUGCACGCGCCAGUACCUGCUGCUCACCGGCGGGCGGGACAUGCUGCGCUUCGACCUGCUGUGCAGAUACCUCGUGCAGAGCAUGACAUCCGACUCGCUGAAGUUGUGCUACGCCUCGGUGGCGCUGAACCCGCAGCACGCCGUCGGCUGGAUCGCGCAGAUGAAGACCGUGCUGGAGCGCUGCCUCAGCCGACUGGUCAAGCUGCGGCCGGAGACGGCCAACGACACGCCGGUUCUGACUCUGCAUCUGCACUGCCUUCUCACAUUCACAUCUACGUCUACGUGGAAAAUUUUGAUGAAUAGCGGCCACGAGAAGCUGAAGCCAGUGAUGGAGAAACUGUGUCUGGCCCUGCUUCGCCACCUGAAUUCUGCCCACCUCAUGCAAACGCUGAAGGAGGUGCUGGUGCGCGGCCUGGCGCGGUCGCGGCCGGCGCUCCGACCGGCGGCGCUGACCGCCUGCAUGACGCUGGCCAGCCGGCCGCUGUUGGCCUCGCAGCUCGCCCCGGACGACGUCAGCGCCUACCUCAUCCACGUGCUCAGCGUGCCCGGCCUGGUGUCGCACCUGCAGACCACCGCGCCCGAGUGCCUGACGGUCAUCUCCACGCACCGCGUCCUGGAGCGGUGCACCACGCAUCUGCUCGACGAGCAGGGGCUGCGCAUCGUCUUCAACGCGCUCGAGGGCAACUACGCGCUCUGUCUGCUGGCCAAUCUGGUGCACCUGGCCUAUCUGCAGGAGCCGGACAAGCUGGCGGCCAUUCUCUGCCCGGACCUCUGCGUGGUGCUAACGCGGCUGCUGGAGAGCCUGCAGGCCUACGUGCAGAACAAGCGCUCCAACCUGAGCCAGUGGCACCCGGUGCUGGGCUGGUUCAGCCAGCCGCUCGACCCGCGCCUGACCGAGGCUCUGCCGGCCGUGCGCGGCCAGCUGCAGCUGCUCUGGAGCCGCUCCGUCUCGCGCGCCCUGUUUGACGGCGUGGAGCGCGCGCCGCCGCCGCCGGCCGCCGCCGCGCCGACGCCCGCCGACGGCCGCCUGCCGAGCCUGCUGCGGCGCGCGCUGGAGCGAGGCCGGCCCGGCGCCGCCGCCGGCCGCCGGCUGGGCGGGGCCGAGUGCGCGCGUGUGGCGCUCGUCUGCUCUCUCUACCAGACGGCGCUGCAGACGCUGACUCAGCUACGGGCCGACAUACUGACCAGCCUGUGUUACGGCGGCACGCUGCUGCCCGACCUGUGGGCGCUGCUGGGCGGCCUCGGGCCCGACUGCGGCCUCAAGCAGUUCGUCGGCCUGCUGGGCACGGCCGGCGGCGCCGCCGCGCCCGAGUUCCACGUGCUCUCCAUGUUCUGCGACUGCAUGGCCAACUACGUGGUUGUUCUGGAUGAUAUUGAGAUGUACGAAGAGCAGAAAAUAUUCAAGCUGGACGUCUACGUCCAGUUAUCGGACUUCCUCAACAAAUUGGUGUACAAGAUAAUCAUCAACAACCUGAUUGACGCCAAGACGCUGUCGAGUAGCGCCCUGUUCCAGUCGCUGCACGCGCUGCUGCUGCUGCUCUACAAGCGCGACUGUCGGCGUCCGUACGCGCCCAAGUACCACUGGAACAUCGUCGGCAGCAAGAGCUUCCUCGGAGACAUCGAGAAGAACAAGAAGUCAGCCGUGCUGCUGCUGCAGAAGAUGCCACACGUGCUGCACCACUUUGAGCGGGUCUGCCUUUUCCGGCAAGAGGUGACGAAGGAGAAGCUGGCGCUGGGCCUCACCGAGUCGGCCUUCACCACGCCCCAGUCCACGCUCGUCACGAUCCACAGGUCCCGUCUGCUGGAGGACGGCUACCGCCAGCUGGCCUCGCUCUCCCCGCAGCUGCUCAAGGGCAUCAUCCGGGUCAAGUUCAUCAACGAACAGGGCCUGGACGAGGCGGGCAUCGACCAGGACGGCGUGUUCAAAGAGUUUCUGGAGGAGACGAUCCGCCGCGUGUUCGACCCGGGCCUGAGCCUGUUCCAGACCACCAGCGACCAGCGCCUGUACCCGUCGCCCGCCUCGGGCGUCCACAGCGACCAUCUGCAGCUGAUCGAGUUUGUCGGCAAGAUGCUGGGCAAGGCCGUGUAUGAGGGUAUCGUGGUGGACGUGCCGUUCGCGCCGUUUUUCCUGUCGGAGCUGCUGGGCCACUCGCACAAGAACCUGUACUGCUCGGUGGAUGAGCUCCCGUCGUUGGAUCCGGAGCUUUACAAGAACAUCACCUACAUCAAGCGCUACGAGGGCGACGUGCAGGAGCUGGGGCUCACCUUCUCCUACGACCAGGACGUGAUGGGCCAGCUGGUGACCUAUGACCUCAUCCCUGGCGGACGGGUCAUCCCCGUCACCAACGAGAACAAGAUCCAGUACGUGUACCACCUGGCGCACUUUCGCAUGCAGACGCAGAUCCGCGAGCAGACGGCCGCCUUCCUGCGCGGCUUCCGCGCCCUCGUCCGGCCCGAGUGGCUGCAGAUGUUCUCUCCGCCCGAGCUGCAGCGUCUGAUCUCGGGCGACAACGUGGACCUGGACGUGCGUGAGCUGCGCAAGUACACCCAGUACUACGGCGGCUUCCACGACCGGCACCGCAUCGUCGUCUGGUUCUGGGAUGUGCUCGACAAGGACUUCACGCAGGAGGAGAAGAAGAUGUUUCUUAAGUUCGUGACGUCAUGCUCCAACCCUCCGCUGAUGGGCUUCGCGCACUUGGAGCCGCCUUUCUCCAUCCGCUGCGUGGAGGUGGGCGACGACGACGACACUGGAGACACGAUAGGCUCGAUGCUGCGCGGCUUCCUGUCGGUGCGCCGGCGCGAUCCCGUCACCCGGCUGCCCACAUCGUCCACCUGCUUCAACCUGCUGAAGCUGCCCAACUACCAGAAGAAGACCACGCUCCGGGACAAGCUGCGGUACGCCAUCCGCAACAACACCGGGUUCGAGCUGUCGUAGCGACGCAGCGGCGGCGGCCGGAGCGACGCGGCGGCGGCGGCUGGAGCGAGGGCGGCGCGGUCCCGGCCUAGGCGUGGGGAGGCCGAGCGCCAGGGGACGCCGGAGUGCGCCGAUCGAUCCUGCCUCCCCUGCGUGGUCACUGGCACAGCGGACCGGCGGCCGGCGCUGCCCUGACUGCGGCGCGCGCGGGUCAGGGCGCACACGCCGGCGGUGGCGGCGUGGCGCGCACCGGCCCGCUCGCUGAAGGCGUGCCGGCCGGGGCGCCGAAAUUGCCCUUGUCGCGUCUGUGAUAUACUUCGGAUGUUUUUAUGUGAUGUGAAUGUUAGUUGCUGUGCUGACGCGGGGUAAUUGUCGGGCCUGCUGUUUCAAAUCAGUUUAUUUAAUGGGCACUGAGCGAAAGGCAUUGCACGGCCGGUAAGCUGUUAUCAUGCAACAUGCACGAUAAGCCAAUCGGUUGCACGCCCCAGACGUUGGCGUGCAAUGUGUGGCAUUUGUUUUGCUUCCGUUCUCACUUCGUUUCUACCGUCGGCACUGCAUCAUCCGUUUACACAAGACGAGUUAUUUUUGCCGCGGGUAAAUAGUGAAAUCUCAGUGAUCACUAUCAAACUCAGCAUGAAAGGGGCCACCUUGUUUCGUUAGUGCGCCUUUUACCCCCACGCUAGAGCUAGGCAUCCUGCAAGGUAAACUCGCAAUCAUCUCGUCAGUCCUGGGCACGUUCUUUUUUGUUGCAAUAGCUGGCUUGAGUCCGGCCAAUCGUUUUUCAUAGCAUAGUGUAUUACAUAUUAUCGUGCCAAUUACAUGCGUCGACAAAUAAUAAAGCUAUUAUGUUCAA